GUCAUAUGGACCUUCAUGGCGUCGUUGAUGCUGAUGGCAGCUGCUGGUGGUGGCAAUGGUGAACUUGGGGCGCUUGGCAUGGCUGAGUCCUUUGUGAACAUGCCUGAGGAACCCGAGACUGGCAAAUGGUACAGUCUUCUUGACAAUGGAGAAGCCUGGAACUUGGUAAACGAGAUAGAGCCCAAUGACAAGCACGGCAAUUUGAACCACUUCUUGGAGAUGAAUGAGUAUGACAUGAUGGACUAUGGGAAGCAGCACUUGGUGAUCAAUGAGUUCAAGGUCUUCGAUGGAGCAUGGUUCUUGGAGAACAUUGACUACAAGCUUGGCCUUGCACAUUGCUUGGACUACAUCGGCCUCAAGAUCUUCGAACAUCACUACAUGAACAACUUCGUGGACAAUGUCUUCAAUGGUUGGCAGUGCUUGGUGAAGUAUGUCCUCAAGGUCUACAAGCAGAACAAUGGCAAGUAUGGCUAUGAGCUGGAUGGCAUCUAUGCCAAUGGCGCUAGCACAAGAACUACGAGGCAAGGAGUUGCAGUUUGGUUUGAUGGCAGUCAUCUGGGUUUGCAUCACAUGGUUUCUGGCAUUGAUGAACAGAAAUUGGAUGAGCAGUCAAUGGAUGAAAACAUGUCAGACUUCACGAGUGACACGUUUAGAGAAAAGAUGUGCUGGCAGAAGGAAAUGGAGCUUUGUGACUUUAACACGUGGCAGAUGACAGAGUCUGGAACACCCUACAUCAAGAAUGUGGGGAACAGCUACGCGGAUCCCCGACCAACUUGGGGAAACACCACCGACAGUUGGACAUUGGUGGAGAUGACCCAACGUUUCAUGGACAAGGAUGAACCAUUUGGAUUGAUUGAUGAGUGCAUAUUCAACAUGGACGGCGAGUGCGAGAUUCUCACAAUUCUUGGAGUUGAAGAACAUGGAUUUGAGGAGUUUGGAGAUUUACUAGAUGAAGAUGAAGAGGUGGAUGGACCAGUUCGACUUCCUGACUCACAACCUCAGGAAAAACAACCAGCGGUUCCAGUUGAACAACGUCAAGAUGUUUCUCAGGGUGCGGUUUCAAGCGAGGAAAUUCAGGUACGUGUACCUCCAGGCCUUUCUCAACCAGAUCCUCUUGGUGGAGAAGAACCUGAGAUUGAAUCUGUGGAACUGGAUGAUGGUUUGAUUUUGACAAGUGAGUCUCCAGUCAAAGACUUGCGCGCAGGUUGUUGUUUGCUGGGAAUUUCACAAGCUGGAUCAAAAGGCAAGAUGUUUGAGCGUAUCAAGAAGAGCUAUGUUCAAGGUAUGAGACGUGCAGCAAUUGACAUGGCAAGAGGAGAAUAUCAACGAGAAGAACAUCCUGCACAACCAGCACACCUAGUGACUAUCAUGCAAGUCAUGCUGACCCUGAUCUCGCAGCAGAGCGACUUCAAGAUUCAGAUGACGAACGUGAACAAGUUCAACAAGAAGUUCAAUCCAAUGCAUAUGAGCCCACAACACCCGAUGGAGAAGGUCCUCGACUUGAAGAUGUCACAGAACAAGAUGAUGGUCGAGUUCCUGUUCCUUCUCUUCCUCCUCUAUGUGCAGCCAACCAAGUACUUCUCCUACAGCGACCUCUAUGGCAGAUCUUCGCAGCAGCAUGGUGCUUGGCGGAGUGCUGAUGCUCAUGAUGGGCAUGUUGGUGAUGAUGCUUUACUUUUGAAGAACGAUGAGAAAGAGGCUGUGGAAUACUUCAUUACAGCGGUUGAGGUGAACGACCCCGAGGAGAUCAUGGCUCAGGUGAGAAAUAUGCAGAUGUGCAUGGAUCUUCCUCACGUCAACCUCCUUCACGCCGAGGCUUGGUUAUGGGAAGAGUUUCGUGAUGAUUUGCAGCGAAAAGCAGAUGCGAGUGAUGGAGCUUUCUUUGUUCCAAUUGUGGAGCUUUUAAAACAUCGAUGGGAUACACCUCCGGGAGAAAGUGAUCGCGGAAGAGACGAAGACGCAACAUCUUCGAGGAGCUCAAUAGCGAACAGAAGUGGAGAUGAAGAUGUCCGGGAAUCACCAGCCCGGGAGUUUGAGCUCAGGAUGACAAUGAAUUUACCAAGGUCAGAAGCAAUUCAGAAUACCACCGAGGAGGAGAAUGACAAGAUCGAGCAAGCUAUGGCAGAAGCAAGAGCGAGCAUACGUCGUGGAAUUCGUGUCUUGCAGUCGCGCGCUACGCGCUAUGAAGAGUUGGGCGACCACGAGGCCGCAGAAGAAGUCAGACGUCAGAUUGACGACAUGGAGGUCUGCAUAGGCCACUGCGCAAGGAUGACAC